AUGGCCGAAGCAACUCCGAUUCCUAUCAUUUCACUCCAUAGCGACGACGCUGGAGCACCCCUCGGUGCACGGAUCUUGGAUGCCGUCGUCAAGACCGGCUUCUUCUACCUCACCCACCAUGGUAUCAACCAGGACGAAAUCGAUCUGCUCUUCAGUCAAAGUGCCGAGUUCUUCCUAAAUGAGUCGGAAGCUGAGCGCCAGAGCCACCAGGACCGGAAUAACAAUACGGGCUACACAUCGAUGAUGCAAGAGCGUCUUGAUCCAAAGAGCAAGGCUGAAGGCGAUCUCAAAGAGUCGUUCUACCUCGCUGGCCUCUCUCGAGCUGAAGGGGGAUCGUCGACAGUUGAGGAGCAGUAUCGACCGCCUUCACAGACGCUACCGCCAACACUGUCACAGCAUCGAGAAGCGAUUGCGACCUUCAUCGAAAAAUGCAAGGGUGUCUGCGAUACAGUUUUAGCAGGCUUUGCGGAGGCGAUAGAUCUGCCUACGAGAUACUUUGCCGAUUCACAUCAUGGCCAGCAUGAUCGAUUGCGGCUGAUUCACUAUCCUCCGACUGCCGUUUGCGAUUCAUCUACUGACACAUCGGCAACUACAAGCAUCCGUGCUGGUUCUCACUCGGACUACGGCUCCUGCACGUUACUCUUUCAAAAGGACGUUGGUGGGCUGCAAGUCGAAAUGCAGCCGGGCCAGUGGGUUGACAUUCCGCCUCAAAAAGGAUGCAUCGUGGUCAACGUGGGCGAUGCGAUGGAGUUUUGGAGCGCCGGAAUGUUCCGUUCGACACAGCAUCGAGUGGUGCUGCCCCGCAGCGAGUCCGAGAGUGGUUCUCGUUUCUCAGUAGCAUACUUUUGUCAGCCAGACGAAGAUGCUCGGCUGAUACCACUGGAAAUCUCGGAGAAUGUGCGGCAAAGGUGUCAAGGUAAUUUGAUGGACAGAGACGAAUUCCAAAAGCGAUGCGUGGCUAAAGGUGUCUCGAACGUCGCUGAGCUGACAGGCGGUCAGCAUUUGCGCGCUCGUUUGAGAGCGAGCUAUCGAGUUGCCAGAUCAUGA